AUGUCUCUAUCGCAUAGCAAAAUUGAGAUGAUUUUCUUAAAGGCACAAGUUCGAUACAACUCAGGAUUUUUAAUUGACAGAGCCAUUGACCUGGUUGUGACGGGGAUCUUUAGUUGUCUCCGCUCAAAGGAUAAAACUACAAUUGUACCUUUGAUCCUAGUUGAGAUGUAUAAAGGGCUCUCUGGUUGUGCUUGUGGGAUAACCAAUAUUCCAUUCUUCAUGGGCCAUCAUGCAAAUGUGGCUGGCCUGGCAACCAGAGAGCAUUUGGAGAAGGCCCUUCCUCAAGCAGCCAUAGAAUGUGGAGAAGAGGAGGCAUUCUUUUCCCAGCAUUUGGUGCCUAAAGGAGAUAUACCCAGGACAGUGCUGCUAAAGCCCAGGGUGAUCUCAUUCUCUGCGCAUGAUGUGCUAUUACAAGGGGCUGAAAGAUAG